ACCCUCUCCAUCACCAUGUCAGUGAAGUCGGAUGGGAAGAGGAAGUGGGCGGCGGUGAGGGGCCAUCUGGGCUCCUCCCAGGACUCAGACACCCAGCUGGAGGCCAACCUGGAGAGUGCCGACCCAGAGCUGUGCAUAUGCAUGCUCCAGGUGCCCAGUGUGGUCAACUACUCUGGGCUGAAGCGUCGUCUGGAGGGCAGCGAGGAGUCCUGGAUGGUCCAGUUCCUGGAGCUGAGUGGGCUGGACCUGCUUCUGGAGGCCCUGGACAGGCUAUCUGGGAGGGGCCGCUCCCGCAUCACAGAUGCCCUGCUGCAGCUCACCUGUGUCAGCUGUGUCCGGGCCAUCAUGAACUCCUCGGCUGGGAUCCACUUUAUCAUGGAGAAUGAGGGCUACAUCCGCAAACUCUCCCAAGGUUCAACAGCACCUAGGAAUUAGUUCCACUAAUGAUUGAUUGAUUUUAUUUCCGUGUCAGACACCAAUUGGUGCCCAGCCCGUAUGGGCUUAUAAGACAGGAUAUCAAGUAUGUGUGCACAAUUUUUUUUUACAUAUAUUAAAAAUACUGUAUAUAUACAGUACCAGUCAAAAGUUUGGACACACCUACUCUUUCAAGGGUUUUUCUUAAUUUUACAAUUUUACAAAUAACACAUAUGGAAUAAUGUAGUAACCAAACAAGUGUUCAACAAAUCAAAAUAUAUUUUAUAUUUGAGAUUCUUCAAAUAGCCACCCUUUGCCUUGAUGACAGCUUUGCACACUCUUGGCAUUCUCUCAACCAGCUUCACCUGGAAUGCUUUUCCAACAGUCUUGAAGGAGUUCCCACAUAUGCUGAGCACUUGUUGGCUGCUUUUCCUUCACUCUGCGGUCUGACUCAUCCCAAAACCAUCUCAAUUGGAUUGAGGUCGGGGGAUUGGGGAGGCCAGGUCAUCUGAUGCAGCACUCCAUCACUCCCCUUCUUAGUCAAAUAGCCCGUACACAGCCUGGAGGUGUGUUGGGUCAUUGUCCUGUUGAAAAACAAAUGAUAGUCCCACUAAGCCCAAACCAGAUGGGAUGGCGUAUCGCUGCAGAAUGCUGUGGUAGCCAUGCAGGUUAAGUGUGCCUUGAAUUCUAAAUAAAUCACAGACAGUGUCACCAGCAAAGCACCCCCACACCAUAACACCUCCUGCUCCAUGCUUUACGGUGGGAACUACACAUGCAGAGAUCAUCCGUUCACCCACACCGCGUCUCACAAAGACACAGCGGUUGGAACCAAAAAUCUCCAAUUUGGACUCCAGACCAAAGGACAAAUGUCCACCGGUCUAAUGUCCAUUGCUCGUGUUUAUUGGCCCAAGCAGGUCUCUUCUUAUUAUUGGUGUCCAUAGUAGUGGUUUCUUUGCAGCAAUUCGACCAUUAAGACCUGAUUCACACAGUCCCCUCUGAACAGUUGGUGUUGAGAUGUGUCUGUGACUUGAACUCUGUGAAGGAUUUAUUUGGGCUGCAAUUUCUGAGGCUGGUAACUCUAAUGAAUUUAUCCUCUGCAGCAGAGGUAAAUCUGGGACUUCCGUUCCUGUGGCGGUCCUCAUGAGAGCCCGUUUAAUCAUAGCUCUUGAAGGUUUUUGCGACUGCACUUGAAGAAAUGUUCAAAGUUCUUGAAAUGUUCCGUAUUGACUGACCUUCAUGUCUUAAAGAAAUGAUGGACUGUCGUUUCUCUUUGAUUAUUUGAGCUGUUCUUGCCAUAAUAUGGACUUGGUCUUUUACCAAAUAGGGCUAUCUUCUGUAUACCACCCCUACCUUGUCACAACACAAGUGAUUGGCUCAAACGCAUUAAGAAGGAAAGAAAUUCCUUAAAUUAACUUUUAAGAAGGCACACCUGUUAAUUGAAAUGCAUUCCAGGUGACUACCUCAUGAAGCUGGUUGAGAGAAUGCCAAGAGUGUGCAAAGCUGUCAUCAAGGCAAAGGGUGGCUAUUUGAAGAAUCUCAAAUAUUAAAUAUAUUCUUAUUUGUUUAACACGUUUUUGGUUACUACAUGAUUAUAUAUGUGUUAUUCGAUAGCUUUGAUGUCUUCACUAUUAUUUUACAAUGUAGAAAAUAGUAAAAAUAAAGAAAAACCCUUGAAUGAGUAGGUGUGUCCAAACUUUGGACUGGGACUGUAUAUAUAUAUAUAUAGAUUUUUUGUUUUUUAAGGCGAAUAAAUGCACAUACAUAAUCCUUAAGAAUUUUUAUUCAGUUGUACAUUGAGGAGUACAAUGGCAACAUGGAACAAUUCAGGUCAGAUAUAGGCUAUUGUGUCACACACACUGACACACUUAUAACAGCAAAAUCUUCACACACACUGGCAAACAUUUUCAGAAAAGAGGCAAAGUUCACAUUACGUUUCUUUAAAAUAAGCCAUAGCAUUCUAGAGGACACCAGACAAGGGAGAAGAAAAGAGGCAGGAUGUAAUACAAGGACCAUGAAACAUAGGUGUAUUCAUCUUGCAACGGAAUCAAACCAACCGGAACCAAACAGAGCAAACGGAACCAAACAGGGAGGGACCUACCUGAAUUUGUCCAAUAGAAACUUUAAUUGAAAAACUUUUUCCGUUUGGAGUAAACGGUUUCUGACUAAAUGUUUUGCAACACGAUCGGCAUAAUGAAUACACCCCUUGUGUACACUGACUGAUGUCUGUGACCAUGUCUUACCACAGCCUUGGACACGUCCAAUACCAUGGUGAAGAAGCAGGUGUUUGAGCUGCUUGCUGCCCUGAGCAUGUUCUCCUCUGAUGGGUACCGUCAGGCCCUGGACGCCCUGGACCACUACAAGGCAAGUGUCAUACAGCCAGACAAGCUGUCACUAAUGGACAGAGGCUAUGGAAUUAUAUACCAUACACCUACAAGAUAAGUUGCCUAAUUGUGAUUUAGGAAGGAUUAUGAGAGGGAAAAGAAUGCUGGGGGGAAAGGACACAUAACAAUGUGUGUGAUUUUGAUGAAAGCUGACUGAAAUCAGAUAUGACAAAAAAAAUUGUAACAUGCUAUUUCAGCUCAAAGGAAUAUCAUUAAAUAGACUAAUUAAAGUAUACAUUACUGAAAAACCAUAUGACUUAGCCCCCAGAAAUGCCCUCUAGUGUACAGAUGUUGGACUGCCUAAGUAACUUCAUUCAGUUAUCUAGUUACAUCCAUAGUUGUCAAUACAUUGAUUAAUGUUACUCACUAAUCAAUAUUAAACCAUUACGUGUAUGGGGGGAUGGGGCUGUCCUCACACAGUGGGAGUGAAUGAUAUACAGUAUGACUAAUGUAUUAAUUUGUCCCCAAGGGUGUGAAGACCCAGCUGUUUCGCUUCGGUGUGAUCAUGAAUGAGCUGCAGGCCACAGACAAUGUGCCCUACAUGGUCACCCUCCUCAGUGUCAUCAACGCCAUCAUCUUUGGGACAGACGACCUGCGACAGAGAGACAAGAUGCGCAAGGAGUUUAUCGGUACAGCACAUUGUUUAUCUUCACUACUCAUCCACUUGGCAGAGAUUCAGUUAAUGUGCAAGUUCACACAGUGGCACAUUGUUCAUGACAAAAAUAUAAAACGCAACAUGCAACAAUUUAAAAGAUUUUACUGAGUUAAAAUGGAAUUAAAUUGAUUAGGCCCUAAUCUAUUGAUUUCACAUGACUGGGAAGGCAGAUAUGCAUCUGUUGGUCACAGAUACCUUUAAAAAAGGUAGGGGCGUGGAUCAGAAAACCAGUCAGUAUCUGAUGACCAUUAUUUGCCUCAUGCAGCCGACACAUCUCCUUCACAUAGAGUUGAUCAGGCUGUUGAUUGUGGCCUGUGGAAUGUUAUCCCACUCCUAUUCAAUGGCUGUGUGAAGUUGCUGGAUAUUGGUGGGAACUGGAACACACGACGAUCCAGAGCAUACCAAACAUGAUCAAUGGGUGACAUGUCUGGUGAGUAUGCAGGCCAUGGAAGAACUGGGACAUUUUCAGCUUCCAGGAAUUGUGUACAGAUCCUUGCGACAUGGGGCCAUGCAUUAUCAUGCUGAAACAUGAGGUGAUGGCGGUGGAUGAAUGGCACGACAAUGGGCCUCAGGAUCUCAUCACGGUAUCUCUGUGCAUUCAAAUUGCCAUCGAUAAAAUGCAGUUGUGUUCAUUGUCCCUAGCAUAUACCUGCCCAUACUAUAAACCCACCGCCACCAUUUGGCACUCUGUUCACAACAUUGACAUCACCAAAACGCUUUCCCGCACAACGCUAUACACGCUGUCUGUUAUCUGCCUGGUACAGUUGAAACCGGGAUUCAUCUGUGAAGAGCACACUUCUCCAGCAUGCCAGUGGCCAUCAAAGGUGAACAUUUGCCCACUGAAGUCGGUUACGACGGAUUGCACAAUUCUUCGGUUGUGCAAACCCACAGUUUCAUCAGCUGUCCGGGUGGCUGAUCUCAGAUGAUCCCCCAGGUGAAGAAGCCAGAUGUGGAGGUCCUGGGCUGGCGUGGUUACACAUGGUCUGCAGUUGUGAGGCCGGUUGGACAUACUGGCAAACUCUCUAAAACAACGUUGGAGGCGGCUUAUGGUAGAGAAAUGAACAUUCAAUUAUCUGGCAACAGUUCUGGUGGACAUUCCUGCAGUCAGCAUGCCAAUUGCACACUCCCUCAAAACUUGACACAUCUGUGGCAUUGUGUUGUGUGACAAAACUGCACAUUUUAGAGUGGCCUUUUAUUGUCCCCAGCACAAGGUGCACCUGUGUAAUGACCAUGCUGUUUAAUAAACUUCUUGAUAUGACACACCUGUCAGGUGGAUGGAUUAUCUUGGCAAAGGCGAAAUGCUCACUAACAGGGAUGUAAACAAAUUUGUUCACAAAAUUUGAGAGAAAUGCGCUUUUUGUGCGUAUGGAACAUUUCUGGAAUCUUUUAUUUCAGCUCAUGAAACAUGGGACCGACACUUUACAUGUUACGUUUAUAUUUGUGUUCAGUAUAGUUUCCCCUGUGGAGAAACACCAGGGGAAUGGGAAUGCAGGGAAAAUAGGCCAUUUGGCAACAGUUCCAUUACAAAUCUACACUAUAUGAACAAAUGUAUGUUGACACCCCUUCAAAUUAGUGGAUUCGGCUAUUUCAGCCACACCCGUUGCUGACAGGUGUAUAAAAUCUAGCACACAGCCAUGCGAUCUCCAUAGACACGCAUUGGCAGUAGAAUGGCCUUACUGAAGAGCUCAGUGACUUUCAACAUGGCACUGUCAUAGGAUGCCACCUUUCCAACAGGUCAGUUCGUCAAAUUUCUGCCCUGCUAGAGCUGCGUCUGGAAGCAACGUCAGUACAAGAACUGUUAGUCGGGAGCUUCAUAAAAUGGGUUUCCAUGGCCGAGCAGCCGCACACAAGCCUAAGAUCACCAUGCACAAUGCCAAGCGUCGGCUGGAGUGGUGUAAAGCUCGUCGCCAUUGGACUCUGGAGCAGUGGAAACGCGUUCUCUGGAGUGAUGAAUCACGCUUCACCAUCUAGCAGUCUGACAGAUGAAUCUGGGUUUGGCGGAUGCCAGGAGAUCGCUACCUUCCGAAUGCAUAGUGCAAACUGUAAAGUUUGGUGGAGGAGGAAUAAUGGUCUAGGGCUUUUUUUCAUGGUUUCGGGCUAGGCCCCUUAGUUCCAGUGAAGGGAAAUCUGAACGCUACAGCAUACAGUGACAUUAUAGAUGAUUCUGUGCUUCCAACUUUGUGGCAACAGUUUGGGGACGACCCUUUCCUGUUUCCGCCCCCGUGCACAAAGCAAGGUCCAUACAGAACUGGCUUGUCGAGAUUGGUGUGGAAGAACUUGACUGGCCUGCACAGAGCCCUGACCUCAACCCCAUCGAACACCUUUGGGAUUAAUUGGAACGCCGACUGUGAGCCAGGCCUAAUCACCCAACAUCAUUACCCGACCUCACUAAUGUUCUUGUGGCUGAAUGAAAGCAAGUCCCCACAGCAAUGUUCCAACAUCUAGUGGAAAGCCUUCCCAGAAGAGUGGAGGCUGUUAUAGCAGCAAAGGGGGGACCAACUCCAUAUUAAUGCCCAUGAUUUUGGAAUGAGAUGUUCAUUACUUUUGGUCAUGAAGUGUAUGUCACUGGGUCCUUCUAGCUAUUGUAUAUGCAUUGUCCCCAAACACCUGAAUCUUGUGCAAACCUCAUAUUCAGGGAUAAAAGUAUUUGUUUCUGACCGACAUAGAUGGUGUUACCUGAAUAUUCUUUUGUUUUUGAAAAAUCGGUGUUUUAAUGAAGGGGAAAUCAAGAUUAGGCCUAUCUAUGCUGUAGAUUCGUGUGUUGAAUUUGUUGAAGAAAUAUGGGCAUAGUAGACCUAUCAAAACUUGAUAAACUCUAGUCUGUCAUAUAUGCUAUGCAUAAUAUUAUGGUUCUUGACAGGUUACAGUAUUGUCUAUCCCAAUAUUAGACCUCUGAUUAUUUAUUUGAUUAAUAAGAAGAAGUCUUAGAGCAUGCCAUAGUGGUCUAAUGCCGCGUUCAAAACAACUCAGAACUCACCACUAAGAACUUGGAAAUCUCAGACUUCUGACUUCAGUGCGUUCAAGACAACUGGGAACUCAGGGAAAAAAACUAGCUCCGACUGGGAAAAAUCGUUUUGAAUGGUCAUCCAACUCGAAAUUCCAUGACAGAAACUCAGUUAUUUUUCUAGAGCGCCAACCUAAAGAUCACUGACGUCAUGAUUUAACCUUUUUUUCGAGUUCCCAGUUGUCUUGAAAGCACCAUUAUAUUGGGCUAGGAACAGGCUUUGAUUUAUGCCUACAUUUUUAUGAUGGCCUAUUGGCGGCAGUCUAACAGAAGCUCGUCUGAAGUCAAGUCGCCAUUCCCUUCCUUUGAGAAUUGGCCAUUCACGGUAAAUGUGUAAUGCAUUUUUUAUUUAUUCAAAAAAUUUAAAUGUAGCCUAUUCGAAGUCGUUCCACAUCCCCGCUCUACUGCGAAUAGAUUUUUGGUGCGUUCAAAACAACUGGGAACUCGAAAAAAGCAAGCUCAGACUGAGAAAAAUGGAGAAGUCAUUGAUCUUCAGGUAAGAGAAUGCUGCAUUAAUAACCAAGUAGGAAGUGAGAAUUUACCACAAACAACUGGGGGAAAAUCCUUUGAACGGCCCUCCAACUGGUAAUUACUAGUGGGAAAUUCGUCUAUCAUCCUGAGUUCCUACUUCUCUCAGAUGCUGACCUCUGACGUCACCUAAUUAGGAAAUUACCUCAAUAACAGCAUUUCUGGCAGUUAAAUGCAGCAACAAAACAUUAUUUAUAAAUAUGAUUUUUGAACACUAUAAUUUGUUUACUAGCAUGAUAGCUGUACUUUUAGUUUAUGGUUUACACAGCUUGUUGGCCAUUAGCCAAUCAGUAUUUCUCAACGAAUUCAAACCAUGUGAUUGCAUCCAACUGGUAUAUACGACUUCACAACUGGUCAAUUCCCACCUUCCACUUGGUUACGAACGCAGCAGAAGUCAGAGCUCUAAUAUGAUGCCUGAGUUUUCGACUUGUAUGCCACGCUCAAAACAACUGGGAACUCGGAAAUAUCAGACUUUCAACUUUAGUGCGUUGGAAAAAACGAGCUCCGACUGAGAAAAAUAGUUUUGAACGCUGGUCAUCCAACUCGAGUUCCGAGUUGUCUUGAACGCACUGAAGUCUGAGUUCGAAGAUUUCCGAGUUCCGAGUUGUCUUGAACGCACCAUAAUUAUAUCCUAAUCGCUCACCUGCAAUCGACAUCACUCGCUGAUUCCCAUCAUGCAAAUUCCAGUUCAAAUUCCGCUGUGUUCCAACUUUUUAAUAGCCAAAUCCAAAGUAGGAAACUGAUCAAUUGGGAGUUGGAUCAUUGUUUUUGUGACUGUCUUUAUUAAAUGCAGUUUUUCUGUUUUAUAGGAUUACAAUUACUUGAUAUACUGCCCAAAUUGAGGUGAGUGCCUUGAUUUACUUCCUUGUUUCAUUGUGAUGUUUUUGUCAUGUGCAGAUAUGAAAUGCCCAUGCAUUGGUCAAGCACAAUAUAAUUUGAGUGAAAUGUUAAACAACUUUUGUUACCUGCACAUUUGUCAAUUAUUUUGUUGAUUUGAUGUGCAAGUGGGAAAUAAACAUGUAAACAGGCUACUUGCUCAAUAUGCCCUUUUGAAUUGUUUGUUUGUGUGUGUGUGACUUUCAGAGAUGAGGAGGAUGAGGACUUGAUCAUUCAGUGUGAGGUGUUUGAAGAGGCCAUGUAUGAGGAUGAGGAGGAGCUGCUGAGGGUCUAUGGAGGCAUAGACAUGAGCAGUCACCAGGAGGUGUUCAUCACCCUCUUCAACAAAGUGAGCACAGCUGUCCGCUGCACUGCAUGUCGCCUUCUCAUGGCUAGUUACAUAAACAACUGAAUUACAAGUGCACUCUAAAUAAGGUUUGGUUGUGUGUUGUUCAACCUCAAGGUGAGCAGCUCUCCGUCGUCCCUCCAGCUGCUGUCCAUCCUACAAGCCCUGCUGCUGCUGGGGCCCGACAGGGCUGACAUCUGGCAAGCCCUGGAGGCCCUCACUAACAGGGCCAUACUGCUGGAUCAGGACUGUAAGUCCUCAUGCUCCUGACACAUUCAAUAGUUCAAUAAGCUGUCCCCUAAGAGAGUUAUUGGCAAAGGACUGGAGUCUGGGUGAACGUAGAGUGUGUAGGAAAAAUGUUUGGUUUGGUUACAUGUCAACAAAAUUCAGUAGAUUUCAGUGUUUGUGUAUGAUUCUGUGCUCCAGAUCAUAUGGACUCCUGUGAGAUGAUUAUGCAACGCCUGGUGUUCUCCAAGCGCAAGAAGGCUGGUGUCGAUGCUGUGGAUGGUCUGCCACCCAAGAAGAUUGAUAAGGCUGUUCAGACCGAUAUGGUGGACGAUGACCAAGAAAGACUGACCAAAUGCUCCACAAUCUCCCAAGUGUCCUCUCCUCCACCACACCCUCCACCUUCCCUAUCUCCCAAUAUGAUGGAACAAGGUCCCCGUCAGUGCCCACCUCCCCCUCCUCCACCACUCCAACACAUUGGAGGUGGAGUACCCCCACCCCCACCUCCUCUACCAGGGAUGGGGGUGCCCCCAGGGUGCCCUCCCCCUCCUCCACCCCCACCUCCCCCACCAGGAACGGGCGGUGGAGGACCUCCACCCCCCCCACCCUUGCCAGGCCUGCUGCCUCCUCCUCCACCACCUCCUCCCCCUGGAAUGGGUGGCAUUGUGGUGGCCCAGAGUAGCCAGUCCCUGGGGUGUGCCCCUGCUGCUGCCUCCAAGGCAGGCCGUUGCCCCACCCUGAGGAUGAAGAAGCUCAACUGGCAGAAACUCAGAGCUGUCACUGGUGAGUAGAAAGUGGUCCUCUGUAGCUCAGCUGGUAGAGCACGGCGCUUGUAACGCCAAGGUAGUGGGUUCAAUCCCCGGGACCACCCAUACACAAAAAUGUAUGCACGCACGACUGUAAGUCGCUUUGGAUAAAAGCGUCUGCUAAAUGGCAUAUAUUAUAUAUUUAAAAAACCUUGGCAUCUCUCUUUAAUGAACCUCCCCUGUGUCUACAGAGGCAGGCUGCUCUAUUUAGGAGGGGGAAAGAUUGUCUGAUUGUACAGUAUAGAGGAUAAUUUAGUGAGGUCAUUCCAGAUGUGUUGUGGUUAUUCUCCCCCUCCUUUCACAUACACACAGAUGGUCAUUCCAUAUGGACUUCAGCUCAGAAAGACGCUCCUCUGGAGCCCAACUACUCCAGCAUCGAACAGCUGUUCUGUCUCCCAGUGACCGAACACAAAGACCAGGGGGCAGCUGCUCCUGUGAAGAAUGAGCCUAAAGAGGUGCACUGGUCAACACUCACUACAGCUCUCAUAUCUGGAGCACACCAAAAACAUGGCUCAUUAUGAAUCGUAAAAUAAUCUCCCUAAAAAAUAUAUUUAUUCCCCUCUUCUCUCUACAGAUCUCCUUUAUUGACGCAAAGAAGAACUUGAAUUUGAACAUAUUUCUCAAGCAAUUCAAAUGGUAAUGUAAUUUAUCAUUUUAAGUCGGUAUUGAUUUCAAUGUUUGUUCCCCAUUGAGCUUACUUUUUUCUCCCUGCUCCUAUAUCUAGCUCACGUGAUGAGUUUGUGGCGUUGAUUCAGAGUGGGGAUCGCUCUAAGUUCGAUGUUGAGGUCUUGAAGCAGCUUAUUAAACUCUUACCUGAGAAACAUGAGGUAGGUACAAGAUACACUUUCACAGUGUUUGCAAAUCACCUUUAUUAAUACAUCAAACAUGGUGGUCUGACUCAAAAGCCUCCCUUUUCUGUCUCAAUUUAGAUAGAAAACCUGAAAUCCUUCCUGGGAGAAAAAGAAAAGUUGGCCAAUGUAGACCGAUUCUACAUCUCUCUCCUGGCUGUACCAUGGUAACUGCUGUUCCUUUUCUCAUUCCUGGCACCUCACAGGAUACUGUCUGUAGAGAAGAAUCUCUGGCUGUGAUAGUUAACGGAAUCUGGUGUCUGUUUUUGUUUGGUACUUCCUUGACUUGUCUGUCUUAAUUCUCUAUGGUAUCUCUCUUCCCUCCCAUACCAUCCCUACUUCGUAUCCUCUCUCUCGCUCUCGUGUCUCCCCACAGUUACCAGCUGAGGAUAGACUGUAUGUUGCUGUGUGAGGAGACCACCUCAGUACUGGACAUGCUCAAGCCCAAAGCAGAGGUGGUUGAAGCAGCAUGCCAGUGUAAGUCAACACCAACUUUCCUGUAUAAACACCAGUGGUGGAAAAAGUACCCAAUUGUCAUACUUGAGUAAAAGUAAAGAUACCUUAAUAGAAAAUGACUCAUGUGAAAGUCACCCAGUAAAAUACUACUUGAGUAAAAGUAUUUGGUUUUAAAUAUACUUAAGUAUCAAAAGUAAAUCUAAUUGCUAAAAUAUACUUAAGUAUCAAUAGUAAAAGUAUAUAAAUAAUUUAAAAUCCCUUAUAUUUAGCAAACCAGACGGCACCAUUUUCUUGUUUUUUAAAUUUACGGAUAGCCAGGGGCACACUCCAACACUCAGACAUAAUUAACAAACGAAACGUGUGUUUAGUGAGUCCGCCAGAUCAGAGGCAGUAGGGAUGAUAAGUGCGUGAACUGGACCAUUUUUUUUCUGUCCUGCAAAAUGUAUGGAGUAAAAAGUACAUUAUUUUCUUUAGGAAUGUAGUGAAGUAAAAGUUGACAAAAAUAUAAAUAGUAAAGUAAAAUACAGAUUACCCAAAAAAGUAUUUUUACUUAAGUACUUUACACCACUGAUAAACAGUCAUGUUACAAUGAUUGCCUUAUGAAUCCAUUACAUAUUUUUGUAAGCUAGCAGAGGACACAGUAAGGUUUAUUUUGAACAAUGUUGUUUGUUCGAACUAUCAAGAUUGGUAACUAUUAUAUACUGUUCUGUGUAGAACAAAUUGUUGCUUUGUGCUGGAAAUGUUUUAUCUACUCGUGUUGGUUUUUCAAAAUGUCUUAAAGUAUCUUUUUUUUGUUGUUGCAUAGAAUGUUUCAUUUUUAAAUAUGUUCUCCUCAGGUCUCAGAAUGAGCACUCUCAUGCCUAGUUUCUGCAGGCUCAUCCUUGAUGUGGGAAACUUCCUCAACUAUGUAAGUAAGGACUCUCCAAAGGAUGGCAUUCCUACCUGACAAAGUGAUGUUAGGAUAUAUCAGUUAUCCUCUAAGAGCUUUUGUGCCGAACCCACUAGUGUUUCAGGUGCCAAGCCUAUGGUCAUGUUGCAGUAGGUAUGGAGAUUCCUAGAUGUGAGAAGUGUGCAGGAGGUCAUGGGACAAAGGAAUGUGUAAUAUUGGUGAAAAAAACGGUAUGUGUUAACUGUAGAGGUGCCCAUGUUGCUGAGGAUCAGAAGUGUCCGAUGUGAGAGAGACAGGUUGAGGUUGUCAGUCGGAGUUGUACUGAAGGUGUCGUAUCCUGAGGCAGUGAAGAAAGUAGAGGAAGAUGGGUCAAUGUUGAGGGAUCAUAAGAGGCUCCCAGUGCGUAGUAGACUUUUGCCAGUACAGCGUGAUAGGCCUACGAAUUAAAUGUGCUUCAGCAAGGUUGGCUUUUUAGUGUUCAUUGCCAUGGUUAUCAACUGUAACGCAGAAAAGGAACGUAAAUCACAGAAAAUAGGUGUUGUGGUGGCAGCUGCAGAGAAGUACUUGGGUUUACGAGAUUUUACUGUAGAAGAGUUACAGGGUGUGUUGAAUGGUGGUGUCCCGUCCUCCCAGACCGUCGGUCAAAAUAGUGGAAUGGGGUGGUGGGUUUUUAAUGAAUGUAGGGUUAGUUGGCAGGCUACUUUUUGUAUCACAAAGCAUAAUGGAUUUAUACUCCAGUCUACUUGGUGGCGGUAAUGUACCAUUAAUAUUGGAUGCCAACCGCCGUUAAACCCCACUGAUGAAGGAUGGCAUUCCACUCACCCAUAAACAUGCAACACUUAUGCAAUCUGAAGAGCUCUAACUCCUGACUCUCUUCUUGCUCACAGGGAAGUCAAACAGGGAACGCUGAGGGCUUUAAGAUCAGCUCUCUGCUGAAACUGACGGAGACUAAGGCUAACAAGAGCCGCAUUACCCUGCUCCAUCACAUUCUGGAGGUACCACUAUUAUAAAUAAUAGCGCUUUACUUUUGUGCUUUUCUGAGGAUAAAAACAACUGUGUGGUCAGUGCUCCUCACAUAAACCAAAUAGACUUCACAUGGACAAAUCAAAGUUGGACAUCAUAAAUAAACUCCGGACUUGUUUACAGGAGGCAGAGCUGAACCACCCAGAGCUGUUGAACCUUCCUGACGACAUUGAGAUUUGUGAAAAGGCAGCUGGGUAUAAAAUCAUUUUAUUCAAACAAUUGUUAUUAUGAGCUCUACAAUUGAUAAAUAAAUGAUUAAAUUACAUGUAAAUAUUUGCUUUUAUCCAUCAGAGUCAACCUUGACUCCAUUCAGGCAGAGGCCAGUGCCUUACUCAAACGACUGAAAGAAGUGGCAAAGAAGGUCUCCAACUCUUUGGACGAUGUAAAGGAGCAGUUCACAAAGGCCAUUGAGGUAUGAAACCAGUGAAUUGUAUUCUAUUGUGGUUGCCUCCCAAUAUUGACAUUUUGUGUUACUCUUUUGGAAGAGGUCAACUAUACACUAGUGUUCUUUAAAAGGAAAUGGUUCAACUGCUUGUUCCCUCCCCAAGGAAAACCUGGAGGCCUGCCUGGAUUUGGAAGAGCGUUUUGCAGAGAUUGUGAGGAAGAAGGGUGACCUUGCCCUCUACCUGUGUGAGGAUGCAAACCAACUCUCCCUGGAAGAGCUCUUCAGCACCAUCAAGACCUUCAGGGGGCUUUUCCUCAAAGCCUUAAAGGUCAGAGGAGCACAUCACAAAUAGACGAGUUUGGUUAACUGCUAGUAAUGCAUACUGAUUUCCAUCACUAGUACAUUGAAGCCUGAGGUUUUGUUAUAAAGUCGCCUCAUAUCCUCUUUCCCAAUGUUCUAUGUACUUCCACAGGAAAACAAGACCAGAAAAGAGCAGGCUGUGAAGGCGGAGAAAAGGAAGAAGCAGCUUGAGGAGGAGGAAUCCAAGAGACAGAAGGGGGAGAACGGAAAAAUAAGUGAGUUCUUCUGAUGGCCCAUAUCUCCUCUGGUGUCUGUCAAAAGAGUCUAUGUUUUGUAUUCACACUAAGAUGAUAGAGUAGCCUGCCAUGUGGUAUCUUAAUACAUCUCUUUCUCUAUCCUCUGUCACUAGUCCGGAAAGGACCCCCGCCACAGGACGAUGGCUGUAUUAUCGACCACCUCCUUGCUGAUAUCCGGAAAGGCUUUCAUCUCAGGAAGAUGCGGCCCAGGUGCGAAACGGAUAGCCCCCUCUCUAGUGAAAUGAAUAGGGAUACGGGCCAGCCCGGUAAGGACAAGACGACUCUGACCCUGUCCUGUCUCCAGCUUCACUCCUGCUCUCCUGCAUUGAACCAUAACCAUGCUUCGCCGACUCGUCUCUGUGCUUUAAAAAAAUAAUAUAUAUAUAUAUAUAUUAGGGGGUAGAUCAGCUUUAAUAUUGCAGAUGGAUUGUGGCUUCUAUCAAUGUAAUUGUCUGCAUCAUUUCCAAUCCCCCAUAUAUUUUAUAUUUUCCCCUAACCCUACCACCCCUCCCUAAUUAGAGUAAACUAAUGGACAACAACACUUAGGCUUCUACUUCCAGCUUAUACAUACUAAUUUUUACAAACAGUAUAUUUUACAAUGGUUCUUUUGUUUGUUUUUAGUCCCAUCCUUCAGCUACCCUCAACCCCUCCCAUCCAUCUCUGAACACCAUCCAGUUUUGAUUAAUAUUUGCCAUAUAUUUUUCAACUGUGCUGUGAUGUUUCACAAAAGUUCUGAACCUUUCUAUUCUCAUAGUUUCUACAGAUUGAAAAUUAAAGAAACAUCUUUGCUAAGUGUAUUAUUGAUUGAUUGACUAUGACUUUUUAAAUCAUUGUCUCUGUGCUUUUGUGCAGCCACUACCUAUUACACUUGCUUAAUUUCAUCAAUAAUGUGUGCUUGGUUGUAUCUUUUCUUAAACAGCACUUUCCAGAUUCAAACGUUGCCUGCUUAAUUAAGAAUGUUGGAAUGCCUGGCACAGUAGACCUGCUCUUCCUAUCUCUCUUCAAGCAUUAACAUAACCUCUCUCUCCCCUGCAGGAUCAAGUGUCAAGCCUGUAAAAGAAGAAGUGGUAGCCUCUGUCUCAGAAGCCUCCAGCACUCUCAAUCCCACCCAAUCCCAGGCAGAGGAGAGGGUACCAAGAGGAGGCGUGAACGGAUGCCCCAGCAAACCCCAAGAAAAACACCCCAAAGAAACAGCUUGGUCACAGACUAACUCGCUAACUCUGGAGAUACUGGGAACGGAUGUCCUAAAUAACACCCCAAGCCCCUCUACCUUCACAGACCUGGUUGAAAUCAACCAGAAUGAAAACAAUGGCCUGGUAACGGAGGACUUGAUGCCUGAGUGCCCACAGAACAAUGGAGAGAGUCACCUUAAUGGAGCCUGCACACUGGCUGUCACUGAUAUGGACAUGAUUAUAGAGAGCAAGCUGAUAGGAAAAACCAUUGGCCAAGAUGACGUUGAAGGUGAGAGCAGCAGCAUGAUGGUAAAGACUGUUGGACCAGAUGAGACUGGGGAUGACAUGACGGUGAAGAUGGUGGCACAGGAUGAGGGUGUAACUAACGGACACCGAGACGCCAAUGGCAACACAGAAGCCAAUGGCAACAAGCGUUUGGUAAGUGCGGCGCAAAGCGUACUGGCUUACGAUGUGCACGAUGGAGUGGAAUCUAAAGAUCUGCUCUCAUCGGUAUCUGAAACUCUGCCUUCUUUUGAGUCGGGACCCCUAACACCAGAGGAUAAAAUACAGCAGACGCUCUUUAGAAGAAACAAAAAGAAGGGUAAUGAAGGUAAUGUAUUCAUUAACUCUAAUAAAGAUCAUGUUUGGAACUGUGGUCUCCUGAAAUGUAUGAAAGGGAGAUUUUUCCCCUUUUUUUUAGGUGGUUUUAUUGCAUUUUACAUCAUACAUUUUAUAUAGUGUCUGAUCAUUUGGUGCUGUUUUUAGCUGUGAACUUAACUUUUAGCAUGAAUGUACUAUUUUUUGGAAACUGAUCUUAAAAGCCUACCAUUUACAUCACAUUGAGUCCUUUCAUGAUCAUCAAGUAGUUUGUUUUUGUUUUUUGUGUUGUCUUUUUUCUGUGACUCUCUAAAACACAAGGUAACACUGGAAAGGGACACCCUAAAUGUAAAAAGGGGUGUGUGUUGCAGUGAGGUAGGUCAAACGACUGGAUGAAAAACUAACUGGUGCAAGCGGGGACAUUUUAAUCAUCCCAUCAGCACCAAGCCAUGAUUUCAAUUAAGACGUGUCGGUCUAACCGGGAUCUGGUUUAAUCUGAUUGUGUCUUGUCCUGCAUUUAACACUCUCUGUCCUCUUCAGUAAACAUCUGUCAAAUCCCUGGUAAUCAAAUUGUAAUCAUAACUCAAGAUAAACCACUUUGUCUGUGUCCGGCAUCUUGGCUGCUACUUUAUGCCCUUUUAUCAGCCUGAAUCUUAGGAGAUUGAUCUUGAUAAGACAUACUUAAGCUCAAACUAACAUCUCAUAAGCGCCACAGUUGAAUAUUAUUAUAUAAUUUAUAUCCAAGUACACUUAAAUGUCAUACCUCACCGGGAAGACCUUGCUUAGCGCUUCUGUUCUGUGUAGAGUUUUUCUGCCUUUGUGUUUCCUGUGCCGCCGUACCCCUAUGUUGCUGAACUACCCAACCUCACAACAACCUAAACAGCUAAAUUGAUUAUUUAACCUAUAUACACAAUGGCUUUUUUUGUGCUUCCUGUAAACUGUGUCCUUUUGUAAGUUUGUCUUUGCUGAAAGAUGUUUGAUUUAAAUUAAUUCAGUGCUUUAAUGACCUAGAGACUGAUGCAACCAGUAGCAGUAUAUGCCAUUUCAUUUCCAAAAUAAUCCUAUUCAUCAGAAACAAUAAAAGCCCAUUCUCCCCUGCCAAGCCUCUUUCUGAUCCAUCAAAUGCAAUAUAACUACAAACGUUGGGAUAUUAACGGCAUACUAUUUUAGAAGUCAUUGGUAUGUAAUUUGAUUCCUUCAAUCUAUUAAUUUUAGUCUGUCCUCUCCCUAGGCGAUUCCCGGAAAAGGAAGUCAAGAGGGAGAAGGAAAUGUUGAGAAUUAUUUUUUGUGAUUUUUUUUUUCAUACAUGGUUUCUGCACUUUGUAAUGGAUUACAUAGAAAUGGACUAGGCCUACAUUAUAUUGGACUAAAUUGAUUCAUCAAAGAAGAAAUCAGCAUGGUCUUUCUUCCUUUUAGAGGAUUUUUAGUCAAAAAAAUUGAGUGAAAUCAACUGCAAAGCUGCCAUGGUUCCCUGGAAAGGUUGAUUUGUAGCCGACCAAGAGGCUGAGUCAUGAACACGUUCCUAUGCAGCCUGUUAUGUUCCAGGAGGCUACCACUGUCUGUGGUCUCUGCACAGCCUCAAUUCCAGUAAACCUACUGUCACUUUUGAAGUAAAUUAAUGUAAUAUAUUGAAAAUAAAAGAGAAUUGCCUUAUUGUUACAUGCUGG